CACCUCCUGCUGCUCAGCUUCAACCACUGCCAGUAAAGCUCCCAAAAGAAAGAGCCCUAUCAGGGAGAAAAAGAAGACAGUGUGAUCAAGAAUCCUAUCUGAAUCCAAAUAUGAGUCACUCCUCAGUCCGCACUUCCUACAACCGCACCUUUGCUGGACCUUCCUCCGUAACCUACUCCCCCUUCUCGUCCCGUAUGCCAACUCUGGGCAACCGCUAUUUCAGCUCUGCGCCGCCCUCCUCAUCUACGCGCUCAGUGGGCUACCGGCUACGCUCCGCCACGCCCGCCCCCCGCUUGUCCUACGACAAGGUGGACUUCUCUUUAGCCGAAGCGAUCAACCAGGAGUUCCUUGCCACCCGCAGCAAUGAGAAGCAAGAGCUGCAGGAGCUCAAUGACCGCUUCGCCAGCUUCAUCGAGAAGGUGCGCUAUCUGGAGCAGCAGAACGCUGGCCUCCACAUGGAGCUCAAUCAGUACAAGGGCAAGCAACAGCACGGGCAGCCCAACCGAGCCAGCGAACUCUGCCAGCAGGAGCUGAGGGAGCUACGCAGGCAGAUGGAGCAGAUUGGGAAAGAGCGCGAUCAGAUCCAGGUGGAGAGGGACAACCUGGCUGAGGAUCUUGCCUUGAUCAAGCAGAGGUUAGAUGAAGAGGCUCAGAAAAGGCAGGAUGCUGAGAACCAACUGAUCCUGUUUCGAAAGGAUGUGGAUGAUGCCACUCUUGUCCGCCUGGAGCUGGAGAGAAAGAUUGAAUCUCUGAUGGAUGAGAUUGAAUUCCUCAAGAAGCUGCACGAUGAAGAAAUCCAGGAUGUGCAGGUGAGCAUUGAAACCCAGCAGAUGAAGAUGGAAGUGGAGGCCACGGUUCGGCCCGACUUGACUGCAGCCCUGAGGGACAUUAGGGCCCAGUAUGAAAGCAUUGCAACCAAAAACAUGCAGGAGUCAGAGGAAUGGUAUAAAUCCAAGUUUGCCGACCUGACAGACUCAGCAAAGCGCAAUGCUGAGGCAAUGAGGCAGGCCAAGCAAGAAGCCAAUGAAUUUAGGAGGCAGAUCCAGGGCCUCAACUGUGAGAUUGAUGCCCUUAAGAGCACGAACGAGGCACUGCUGAGGCAGAUGAGGGAAAUGGAGGACCAGUUUGGCUUAGAAGCUGGCAACUACCAGGACAGCAUUGCUCGUCUGGAAGAAGAGAUCCGCCACCUGAAGGAUGAAAUGUCUCGUCACCUGAGGGAAUAUCAGGACUUGCUCAAUGUCAAGAUGGCUCUGGAUAUUGAGAUUGCUACAUAUAGGAAGUUACUGGAAGGAGAGGAGAGCAGAAUAUCUGUUCCCAUCUUGAACGUAACAUCUAUGGGUCUGCGUAAUGGCGAGUAUGACCAGCCUUCUGAUGUUGGACAUGGCAAGAAGGUGGUUAUCAAAACUGUCGAGAUACGUGAUGGAGAGGUGGUAAAGGAGUCUAAGAAGGAGAGAGAAACACCUCGUGAUUCCAAGGACACCCGCGACUCCCGCAAUCAACAUGAAUCUGAUAGGGAUGAGUAAAGCAGGUGAUGAACAACUGUUUGUUCCAGAUUUUAGAAUUUGGUAUUGAUUAUUAGGUAGAAUGAAGGGAAAAAUUAGCAACAGAUAAUAAAAUAAAAACAUUAAUUGCUGCUUAUGUCCAUCUACUACUUGCUACUGAUAUCCAGAAAUUAUCCAGAAAUUAAAUUAUUGGCAAAUGUU